CGUUGCAACCACACUAUUUCCACAAGCUCUCUCCCUGUUUCUUAUCAUUAAGAAGAAGCAGAGCAUCAGGAGUUGGUAAAGUAGCCUUCUCAUAAACUCAAACAAGGAAAUGGCGACCGCACCCGCUUUAUGUGGCUCUGUGUUGAACACCUCUUUUCUCAGGAAGCAGCCUGUGAUCAGCACAAGCCUCAAGUCAUUCCCAAACGCUAACGCCAUGUUCGGUGUGGAAGGAGGACGUGGAGGUCGUGUGACUGCCAUGGCCGCUUACAAGGUGAAGCUGAUCACCCCAGAGGGAGAGCAGGAGUUCGAAUGCCCAGAUGAUGAAUACAUUCUUGAUGUUGCAGAGGGCCUAGGCCUUGACCUUCCCUACUCAUGCAGGGCUGGUUCUUGNUCUUCCUGUGCUGGCAAAGUUGUCGCCGGCAAAGUCGACCAGUCGGACGGUAACUACCUUGAUGACGACCAAAUUGGUGAAGGCUGGGUUCUCACCUGCGUUGCUUACCCAACCUCAGAUCUUGUUAUCGAAACCCACAAGGAGGAAGACCUCGUUGCUUAAAUCUUAUCAUCAUCAUCAUCGCUGCCUCUACUUUAUUAAGUUUCUUCCUUUCCCUGUGCUGCCUUUUCUUUAUCUGAGGAUAGACACACCCAUUAUGCUUUAUUACGUACCAUAAAUACCUUCUUAUGCAGUAAUGUAAUUCAUUACUUCCCCUGUAUUAGCAGCUCAACAUGUUUUUUUGUUAACUAUAAUAAUCUUUUCCUUACA